CACACAUCUGCUGAGUCACACACAUACUGAGCCACAUACCUACUGAGCCACACACCUGCUGAGCCACACACCUACUGAGUCACACACCUACUGAGCCACGUAUCUGUUGAGCCACACACCUACUGAGUCACACACGUACUGAGCCACAUACCUACUGAGCCACAUACCUGCUGAGCCACACACCUACUGAGCCACACACCUACUGAGCCACACACCUGCUGAACCACACACCUACUGAGCCACACACCUGCUGAGCAUUCGAGCCCAGAAGAGAUCCCGUGAAAGACUUGAAAGGAAGAAAAGAACUCGGCAACGAAAGAGAAGUAAAAAGUGUAAUUGUGGGAAAAAAGGGCAGAAAAAAGAAAAGUCCAAAGCAAGCUAAAGUGAAGAAAACAAAGGAAAAGAAAAUAGAGCAGCAAAGUCAGUGGAAGCAAAGUGAACAGAAAAACAGAGCCCAGGGCAGGGUGAAGUAUAUAAGUGUACGCAGGGAAGUACUUAGAGUGUGUAGUGAAAUAUCUUAUCGGUAAGUGUAAAGAAGUACCAAGGAGGACCUAGGAAGCAAUACAAAGUGGAACAGCUCAAAAGAAGAACAAGAAGAAGCCUGUUAGUCACGGGGGAAGCAAGAACAGAAGUAAAGUCGGCGAUUUUCCCAUUCAUGUGCAACAUCUACACCUUAAUGGCAGCAGUGUGUGUAUCCCUCCAGUGGUUUAAGAAUCUUCAAAACAAGUGCCAGCUGAAAGUGGAGACAUUUUAUUAACCUGCCAGUCAGUCAGUCAGUCAGGCAGCUACUCAGCCAGUCUUCUUUUCCCUCCCCUUCCUCGCCCUCGCCCCCAGAGUGGCCAAAGUGUCUCCCCACUCCAAUGUGUCUCAUAGCAACAGCAAUUCGGGUGAUGAGAUGAGCAUGAUGUCUGAUGGCGGGGGGCAGGGAGGAGGCAGUGAGUCCAGCAAACCAUAUGACUACCUGCUGAAGUUCCUGCUGGUGGGGGAUAGUGAUGUUGGCAAGCAUGAGAUCCUCCAGCCCCUUGAGGAUGGCUCAACAGAGUCCCCCUUCUGUGUGGGGAGUGGCCAUAAGACCACGACAAUCCUGCUGGAUGGCAAGAGAGUUAAGCUGCAGCUGUGGGACACUUCAGGUCAAGGUCGGUUUUGCACCAUCAUUCGGUCAUAUUCCCGGGGAGCGCAGGGAAUACUGCUGGUGUAUGACAUCACCAACAAGUGGUCCUUUGAGGGCCUUGAUCGAUGGAUGAAGGAGAUACAAGAGCAUGCACCUGGUGUUCCCAAAGUUCUCAUAGGCAACAGACUCCACCUGGCAUUCAAGCGGCAGGUGAGCCAGAGCCAGGCGGAGCAGUAUGCUGCCAAGAACCACGUCAAUCUCUUUGAAGUGAGUCCACUGUGUGACUUCAACAUUGUGGAGAGCUUCACCGAAUUGUCCAGAUUAGCGCUGAAGCGCAAUGGCAUGGAGAGACUCUGGAGAGCAAACAAAGUGCUGACGCUACAGGAGCUGUGCAGCCGUGCCAUUGUGGCUUCUACCACUGUCUAUGGCAUUGAACACCUUCCACUUCCUCAGCCCAUAAAGUCCCACCUUAAAAGCUACACCAUCCACAACCACACCACUCGACUGCGUCAGGGAAUUCCAGUCACAGACAAACAUAAAAAGAAGCACUUAAUGAUACCAGGAGACACCACCACUUCCUGUGUCAGUACUUCAACGUGCACCAUAUGCUAGUCAUGUCCGCCACCCAUGAGUCGCCAUCACCUGCCGCCAUCACCCAAUGACGUCACAACACCCACACCACACAUUCCCAAGACUGGGAAUUCAUCAUUCAAGAAAUUCUAUUUAUAUUUUAUCAAAUACUGGUGCUACAUAUCCAAAAUAAAACCAGGAGUAAAUUUGGUUCCAUGGCAUGUGUGAACUUUCAUUCACAGAUGUAUGUCGUAAAUUUUAUAAAGGGGAAUCUGUUUGUGGAGAUACUGUUGUGCAGUAUUACUUCUCAUGAUAUUUCUAAACCUGCUAAGGGACUGAGCUGAAAGGGUAUUCAGUAAGUGGUAUCUAUGGACAGUUCUUGUGUAUAGUGUAUAAACUCAUAUUGAUUGUGAAAUACUUUCUACACGUGAUGGUGUGCUGAUCAGCACUGAGCAGAGUGGGGAAAGCCUCAGGGUGGUGUGAAGCUCUAACAUACUGCAUAUAUAAAACUGGAUAUUUCAGUUUGUGCUCUUGUUAUAUACCAAUGAUCAUGUCAACACUAGGGGGGGAACAUACUAGUUGAUGUGGCUAAACAUUGAUGGGUAAUUAAUUUUAAUUAUUUAUUGUAUUUAAGACUUAAUGUAGAGUCUUACUUGGGGUUGUAAAAUAUGUAAUGUAAUAUUUGGUAUAUUGUGCAGCACUAGUUAUAAACCAGAUAGAUCUUUAUACAUAUAGAUAUCAGCUUGUAAUUAUUUAAGGUGUAUAAAGCAAAGAGAGGUUGGGAAAAGGCUCAGCACUGAUGCUGCCUAGAUUUUCAUCUGUACCUUAUUUAACCAUUUUCUUGAAAUUCAAGGGAUAUAUGAUUUGGGCGCAGUAUGAAUUGUAGUAGCAAUUUUUGAUAUUUCAGUUUAAGUUUCCACUUAACUAAACAAAGAAUAUAUUUAACAACUUUAAAAUUAUCAACACGAUUGUUUCAUCAUUCAUGCAUCACUUCAGGUACUUGCCAAUACAGGCAGAUCACACCUCUUCAAGAAGCUGGCCAUUUUGUCCAAUAAUAUAUCUACCAAUUUUAAAGUAUAAAAAAAUGAUGUCUUUCACAUAAGAUUAAGGCUCUUUUUACAAUUUAUAAAUGAUAAUGCCUUUGUUUGACUUAAUAUUGAGAUUACUUUUCAAAUGUCAGACAGCUUGCUUUAUUUCUCAACUUUUGUUUCACACAGAGCAGAAUCAUCAUCUCCACUUAAAGCUUAACUUGUUAACUUGUUAUAUGCCUGAAAAUAUGAGUUGAAGCAAUUAUAGGUAUUUUGUGUGGUUCCUUCAGGAAUACAGAUUUUACAUUGUAUAUAGGAUUUCUCUAAAUUUUAAUACAGUAUGUAUGUACACAUGGGUGCUGAUGAAAGUUGAGUUAUGAGCAAGGUUAUAAGGUUGUAAAAAUGAGAUUGAAACAAGUUGAUCAUUGCAGUGCUUAUCUUGGUUAGCAUUUUCAUAUGUAUUAUAACAGAAAAAUAGUUUUGGCACUGUUAUGUCUGGGAAUGUCACAUGUUGAUAUCCUGAAGUUAGUAAUACAUAGUACAAUAAACCCAACAUUAAAAGUCAUACAUUGUUAAGGAGUUGCAGUCUGAGCAAUAAUGUGAUGUAAAUAUGUAUAUUUGCUAACAAUAUCUACCUUCAGUAACUGUAACACACACACACACACACACACACACAUGCACACACACACACACACACACACACAUAUACAAAUACAAAUAUCCACCAGGGCAAAGCAGGCCUAAAAGAAGGCAAUGCUGGGAUCAUUGGGUCAUGACUUGCAUCAGGCCAACCACAUUUUUUAGUUCCCUACCAGAAUCCUUAUAAAUUAGGUAAAUUACAUAAGGUGAAGUUUCUUCACAGAAAAAUAGAAUUUGUUCUAGAAGCUUAUGUAUUCACUACUUAUUAUUAAUGAAUACAUAGUUCAGUCAUGCAACGUUGUCUUAAAACAAAUCACAUGUCACUCAAAAGUGGGAUUUUUAAUUAAUUUCUUUCCUUUGUGAUUGCUAAUUUUUAGUGAAAUGGAUUAAUAGAGUUGACGAGUAUUAGAGAGUUGGCAGGCGAGGGAUUGAAUGUGCCAAGAAUGGAAUGUGGAAUGGAAAACUGGAGACACUUCUGCCAUGGCCACCCCCUUAAGGGAGGUUCCCACGAGGGAGUGGGCACUUGAGAUAUAGAUAGAUGGGUAGCUUGGUAAUAUUUUGCCUAUAUGUAGCUGUUGUGUAAAAGAAAAAGAGCAACCUCAUGAACUCAAAUUUGUUAAAAGAUUUCAAUUACAGUUGUGGUUCGUGGUGCAAGUUCUGAAUCAUUGCUCCUUGCACUGUACUUAAUACUUGCUUCAGUGAAUUUUAGGUUGAUGAGAUUGAAAAAAGUAGAUGAAAACAUUGCCUUGGUGCCUAAAAUGAAAAAAAAAGUGCAGUAAUAUGCAGGGAACACUACAUCAGUUGUUUAACCUUAGGUCUUUGCAUUUACUUCUAGUAGACCAAAUGUAUAUGUGUAUUUUCUGGUUUUCUCCUUGGAUAAAAAUCUGAUGUUUUCAAAAGUAAUGAGUUAUAGUUAUCAUAUAAUUUAUAGACUUGAUUCUAAGCAUUUGGGUAUCUGCAAAGUAAUUGAUUAAUCCAAAAUACAAGAAUAAUUCUUUAAUUUAUAUUAAUCUUAGCUUUCAGCCAAAGAUUUGUGGUAGACCAUCAUCAAAUACCUUCUUGUAAGAAAUUUUAUUUCAUUCCUUAGCAACAGUAACGAAACAGUGGAUUAUCAUUCACUAGGAAUACAACCUACUCGGGAACUCAGGCUUUUGCUUUGAGGAAAUCAUUUGCAGUGUUUAAAUCCUCAGUAAUUCAGGGUUUCUUCAAAUUUGCAUUGUUCUUGUUUAAAAUAUUAUCUAUAAACUGAAAGUGUUCUUCAUCAGGCUGGCAAGUCCUCACUCUAAAUGUCUUCAUUGCAUUUGAUUGGUAUUAACUUUCUUUGUUAGAGAUUUACUUCAGUUUACAUUACUGAUUCAUCCUAUUCCUCAUCCUUUCCUUCAUCAUCAUAUUAAUUUUAUUUUCUUAGGUAAGCAAAAUGGCUGGAAAUUAGUUUACAUCGUAGUAACUAUAUGUACCUGAAGGAAUCUUUCUGAAGCCAUUCAUAUGUGCAUAACCCUGUUGCUGCUGCCUUGAAGACAGAGGGGUUGUAAUGUAGAGUGGUAAUGGUAGCAUUGUCUGUUGUCUGAAAUGAAGCCACUUCCGUAGGUGCCACACUAUUAUCUCAGAUUUACAGUUAUUUACAGAGGACUAGCUCUUGUGGAGGCUCUUAUAACAGAAAACUGAUAGAAUAUCUAAAUUACUAUGGGGAGUCAUAAGAGGUUGAGACCAUUUAAAAAAAAGUAUUCCUUACAAAAAUUGUUGGAGGAGGCCUGUUCUUCAACAUGACACUCCUGUGGCUAGGAAUUAUGUUGUAUAUAGUCAAAUCUUAUGAUACACAGUGGAAUACAUAGACAUUCAUACUUCAUCUUGAAUAAAAAUGGCAUAUGAAGACUCCGAAAAUUUGGCUUCAGGUUGAUGCUUCUGUGGAUUGCUGGUUAGAGUGCCCGGCCAUGACUCAGCAGACCCAGUUUGAUUCCUGGCAUGGGCAAUUGGCACGCAGCUUACCCAGCUGUUUAUCCUCCCUUUCAUGGUGGUCACUAAAUGGGUACCUGGGGACACCUGGGGAAGAUAAUCUGUGGCAAUCCCAGAUUUCACAUGUGUCCCAGGGUAAUUGGUUCUUACUUACCACAGGCUCAAAGGGCCAUUGGUUUGGAGAUGAGCACCGCAGCCACGUGCAGCUAUUGUGUAUGCACCCAUCUUUACCUUCAUACCUUGUAUAUGAAAGUUCUUGGCGAGAGAGAUGGAGUUCUCGGCCAACUUAACUUGACAGUGCCUCCUUGGUUUCUUUGUCUUACGAUCAUUUAAUCCCCUUGUAAAAAUAAUCUGCGAGCACUGGAUCUGAAAAUGUACCAAAAAUGUGGUUUGGGACUGAGUGUUAGGCCGUCAUCAUCAUCAUCAUUGUUGUCAUUGCCACCUUCAACAUUAUCCACACUCCCUUUCCUGCAGCAGCAAGGUGGGGUAUUUAGAUACUUAAUAUUUAAAACAACUGAAUGCUUUUGGUUGGAAGUUUCAUGAACUCAUUACAAAAAUAUGUGAUGGCUGUAUUUCUAGUGAAUGAUUGUGGUAGAACUUAUAUUAUUCACACAUGGGGCAGACUGUGCUUUAGGAGGUGUAUGAUUAGUCUGACAAAAGACUUGUAGGAAGGUUUUGAAGUAAAUAUAGUCAUGCAGAACAAUAUAAAAGGAUGAGUAAUAAAGUUUUCACAGAGUUGUGCCCAUUGAGCAGAACUAAAUUUCCUAAACACUAUUUAGUAUCAAAGAAUGUGAUGUUCCUCAACAGCUAAUAUUCCCCUGACCUAACAAUGCCAAGGUGGCGUGGGUGUAUUCUGUGAGGUGUGGAUAAUGGAAGCUCUCCACUAUAAAAUGACAAAGCUAAUUAGUUUUCAGAACUUGUUAAGUUUGUUGUUCACAUAUUGAUGCAAAUAUCCUUUGUCAUGUUUUGUUGUUGCAUUUCAGGAUUCAUGUAAGGCUUAUGAAAUGGUCUAGGUAUAAGCAGAAUGAAAUGUUUAACUAUUAUGUACACUUCAAAUACAUAUAUUUUUAGCCUUUGUCUGUAAUCAACAAGUGCAAUACUGAGGCACUUCGUCCAAUUUAUAGUUUUCAACAGUCAUCUUAGGUAUGCACUAAUCUUGUAUCAUAUCUGAAAUGUUCAUUGCCUUAAGCAGGCAUGGGUAGGAAUGACAGUAACAAUGUAGGGUGUCCAGUUCUGCAAUAUAAAUACUGCAAGAAAUAGAGGAGGCUCUGAAUCCAAGUCACUAAGCACUUGAAGAUGACCAUUGUCUACUCUGGUAAUGUACAAACCAAUGCCUUCAACUCUCUAGGGUAGGGACGUGUAUUGCUGUGAUGUUUAAUCUUUUUAAUUUGCUAUUAUUGUUAGUUCUUUUACAAAGUGUUUCUUGUAAAAAGUUUUGUUAAGUAUGAAUAGUUAUCAAGGGCUGUUUCCUGAGCUUGGAUAAAUAUGAUACUGAAAAUAUAAUUUUUAAAUUAAACUUUACUUCUCAAUCUAUUUUAAAUAAAUUUGCAAUAUUUUAUGAUACUCAUGUUAGAUUUAUAGUGUUGAAUAGGUGACAUCUUGUUUCAGCUGUAGUCUGUACAAUUAAAUUGAUUUAUUAGAUAUGAUAGAUUUUUGUAAGCUUUCAUGCAAUAAGUAGAUAAGCAUUUUUAGGUAUGGAAAAGCCCUCAUUAAGGUAUGUUUAAGCAUACUUAAUUAAGUGACAGUAUACGAGACUCAGCUACAGUUAUAAUUAAUGUAAACAUAGCCAAGGCCAAUAAAGUGUUUUUUUUUUAAA